AUGCGGGGAUUCGGGUUCGACGACGCCAAGGCGGAGACGCUGACGAGGCGGUACGCGGAGGAGGCGCUGCGGGGCGAACGAGGCGCGGCGACGCGACGAGGGACGGCGACGAACAGAAGCGACGCGUACGAUGGGUUGGAGUGGCGAUUAGAUGCGAACGUCUCGAGUCGAGCGUCGCUGGUGGAGAGCGAGGCGAAGUAUUUGUUGAAACUGGGAUUGGCGCGCGGCGACGACGGCGGGACGAAGAAGACGACGCUCGCGGAGACGGAUUAUCAAACGCUCAAGGCGCUGAAGGACGCGUGCGAGAGCGCGCUGGCCGCGUCGACGGGGGCGCACGCCACUCGGUUGGCGCGUUACGUUCGACGUCCGAAAACGUGA